AUGUCUCUUGUAUCUGAACCCGCUGCGCCCUCAAUGCGGACAGCCGUCCCCGGGCCCACGACAAACAGAACCAAAGAGGAGUUAGAUGCGGUCAUCGAUGCCCGCACUGUGCAGAUGGUCAUUGAUUAUGACAAGAGCAUUGGAAACUACAUCGCCGACGUUGACGGCAACACCUACCUUGAUGUGUAUGCACAAAUUGCCUCUAUUCCCGUCGGAUACAACAACCCCACUUUGAUUAAGGCGGCAACAUCACCGGAGAUUGUCUCUGCCCUGGUCAACCGCCCGGCUAAUGGAAAUUUCCCUUCUACCCGAUGGCUUACCCUGUUGCGCGAAGGUCUGAUGCGAGCAGCUCCUCCGGGGUGCACACAGGUAUUUCCAGCGCAGUCUGGGUCUGAGGCAAAUGAUCUCGCCUUUAAGGCCGCUUUCAUGGCCUACCGACGCCAGCAACGAGCCGGCAGCCUUUGGACGGAGCAUGAGGAGGAAACAGCAAUGAAAAACCAAGCUCCCGGUUCCCCCGAUUUGGCUAUUCUCAGCUUCCGCAACUCCUUCCAUGGUCGCAGCUUUGGUAGUCUGUCUACCACCCGCUCUAAGCCCGUCCACAAGGUGGACAUUCCGGCUUUCAAGUGGCCCCAGGCCACUUUCCCCCAGCUCAAAUAUCCGCUGGAGGCCCAUGUUGAAGAGAAUGCGGAAGAAGAGCAACGAUGUCUUCAGGAGGUUGAAAACAUUAUGUCUUCCUGGCACUGCCCUGUGGUCGGUAUUAUUGUUGAACCUAUUCAAAGCGAAGGUGGCGACAACCAUGCAUCACCAGAAUUCUUCCAGAAGCUUCAGGCCAUUACCAAGGCACAUGGAAUCAGCCUAAUUGUCGACGAGGUUCAGACUGGGUUUGGAGCAACGGGUAAAUUCUGGGCGCAUGAGCACUGGGAUCUUCCUUCUCCUGUGGAUAUUGUGACAUUCCCUAAAAAGGCUCAGACCGCUGGAUACUUCUUCAGCAAUGAGAAUCUUCGCCCUGACAAGGCUUAA